AUGGAGGACCAUGUGACCAAAAUGUUUUCUUCUGACUUUACAGAUGGAACUGAAGCAGAAAAAAGUUCAGUCCCAGGUAAAGCACUUGGCCAUGGCCUGCUUUGUAAGGUGUGUUCUGAUUCAAGCAGUGGUAAACACUAUGGGAUUUAUGCCUGCAACGGCUGCAGUGGCUUCUUCAAGCGCAGUGUGAGACGCAGACUCAUUUACAGGUGUCAGGCUGGAACUGGCAGGUGCCCUGUUGACAAGGCUCAUCGGAACCAGUGCCAAGCUUGUCGACUAAAGAAGUGUCUCCAAGCUGGCAUGAAUAAAGAUGCUGUGCAGAAUGAACGACAGCCUCGAAGCACAGCACACGUCAGUCUAGACUCUAUAUGUGUGGACACUAAAAAGGAGCACCUAGCCACCACACGGGAGCUCACCUCCUCUGCCACCUACUCAUCAGUCAUCUGUAGACCUCUGGUCUCUUCCUCUGUCACCACCUCUGCCACCAUACAGCCCUGCAACAACCCCAACAACAGCCACCGCUUUAUGGUCAGCCUACUCACUGCAGAGACCUGUGCAAAACUGGAGCCUGAGGACGUGGAGGAGAAUAUUGAUGUGACAACCAAUGAUUCAGAGAGAGAUCGGACUCCCUCUGGUAGUCGUAUGUGCCCAUACACAUCCAGCUGUUCAGAGAGUAUCUACGAAACAUCGGCACGACUCCUCUUCAUGUCCGUCAAGUGGGCAAAAAAUUUGCCUGUUUUUGCUCACUUGCCAUUUCGAGACCAGGUGAUUCUCCUUGAAGAAGCUUGGAGUGAGAUGUUCCUCUUGUGUGCCAUCCAGUGGUCCCUCCCCAUGGACAGCUGUCCUCUUCUUUCUCUGCCAGAUCUUUCUCCCACACAGCAGGCCAAUAUCAACCUGCCCACAGCUGACCUGCGCAUCCUGGAAGACGUCUUUAAUCGCUUUAAAGCCCUGGCUGUUGACCCUACUGAGUUUGCCUGCAUGAAAGCCAUUGUACUGUUCAAGCCAGAGACACGCAGCCUCAAAGACCCAGAGCAGGUGGAGAAUCUGCAGGACCAGUCACAGGUGUUGCUAAGUCAGCACAUCCAUUCGGUAUACCCUAGUCAAAGUGCCAGGUUUGGGAGACUUUUACUUCUACUGCCAUCUCUCCACUUUGUGAGCUCUGAGAAAAUAGAACAGCUGUUCUUUCACAGGACCAUUGGCAGCACACCCAUGGAGAAGCUGCUGUGUGACAUGUUCAAAAACUAA